AUUCGAGUUUCACAAGAACUGGACUACGAGACCCAAAGAGAAUAUAGUUUUAACAUACUUGCAAAGCUGGCUGGAUUUGGAGGACAAAGUUCUAUAGUUGUUACUGUAUAUGUGAAAGAUUCUAAUGAUCAUUCACCCACGUGGUCAGUAAAGUGGAUGCGUCAAGGACCAAUUCCUAUUUCUAGUGAUACCGCUGUUGGCUCAGUUGUCCUUAAGGUGGAUGCACUGGAUCUAGAUUCUGGAGAGAAUGCUCGUAUAGGAUAUAAACUGUCAUCUGACUCACAAGUGCCUUUCUCCGUAGACUUUGAGUCUGGAGAGCUAUUCUUUUGCCCUUUCUUAGACUUGACUCAUCCGCUUUUGAUUAUGUAG